AUGCAAGGAACAAAUAUUGCAACUUCAUCAUUAUCUCAAGCAUCUCAACCACAAUUAUGGUCUCCUAUCAAUCCAAUAACUCAUCAAAAGACAAUGACCCCUACACAGACUGUUUACAGUGCUGAUAUUCUGGCUUCCACAGUACCAUCAUCACAACCACUAGCAUGUUAUUCACAACCUAUUUCUCAACCCAUUCAAGCAAGUCAUAUAAGCUCAGAACUACCAGCAGAUGGACCUCUUGUGUCUGAUUGUUAUGCUGCUCUUUUGGGAUUGGCUGAAACUUUCAGGACAAUGAGUCCUCCUAAUAUGCGACUUGCCGUUCAUUGUCUCAAAGCUAUUCUUCAGUUCAAACUUUCUGUCAAUCUAGAAGCUCGCACACAUUUACAACUGGGACGGCUACUGUUUCAUUAUAGCAAAAGCGAUGAACAAACAAAAUUUCACUUGGAAAAGGCUCGUACUUUGGGAGCACAUCUAAAAGCUAGUGAUGAUUCCAUCAAAUUUGAAGCUGCUACAUUGUUAGCUGAGUUCUUUGAAAGAAAAGGUAAACGAUAUGAAGCAACUUGUAUUCUAAAUGAUGCCAUCAGAUUAUCAAAUAACAGUCCAUAUUGGCAUUGUCGAAUCUUAUUGGAACUGGCACAAGCUCAUAUUGCUGAACGAGAUGUGAAUUCAGCUUGUGAAAUAUUGGCAAUGGGCUCAGAAUAUGCACGUUUACAUAAUUCCGAUUAUACAAAUGGUUUAUUUCUAUUAAGUAAAUGCAUGUUACUUUUGGCAAGUAGACAACUUCCGGAAGUUACAGUCACAUUAACCAAUGUUAGUCGAUUAAUUGAACAAUUCAAAGGAAAUAUGUAUCAUCGUGAAGCUUUACGUGUAUUUUACCUUGUUCUACAUGUUUCAUUUUAUCUUAUUUCUGGUCAAGCAAAAUCUGCCCAUCCAAUAUUACGACAACUACAUCAAAGUAUUCAACAAUUUGCUGCUAUGGAUGAAGCUGAUACUGCAUCAACAAAUGAAAUUGAACGAUUUCAUUGGAUGCCUCGUGAACAUAUGGUUAUACUAGUUUACCUUGUUACGGUGAUGCAAUCAAUGCAAGCUGGAAUGUUGGAUAGAGCUAAACGAUCAGCUGAAAAAGCAUUAAUACAAAUUGAAAAACUAUCUGUAUUCGAUACUAGUCCAUUACUUACUGUAUUCCAUUUAAGUUUACUCGAACAUACGGCUAUGGGUCGUUUAGUAAUGGGUGUACAAACAGCAGCUGCACAAGAUAUUGGUCAAGCAUAUCGAAUAUGUCAAGCGAAUCCUGCACUAAUGUAUAAACGCCUCCCACAGUUGCAUACUUUAAUUGGCUUGUAUGCUAUGUCAAUGAAUUGUAUGAAUCAAGCGGAAAAUCAGUUUAAGUAUGCUUUAAGACUUAUUGCUGGACCUCAACAAGUUACUGGAUGUCGAACAACUAAUUCAAAUGAUAAAAAUCUUUUAAGUUUAACAAAUUCUACCAGGGCAUCAUGUCAACCAGAUGGACCACGUGAUUCUUUGUCAGUAUUAAUUUGUCUUAAUUUAGCUUUAGUACAUAUUCGGAAAGGUAAUACGGUUGAAUGUGAAGCAUUGUUAAAUGAAGUAUUUUCAUGUGGUAUCCAUGUACUUGAAGGUUGUUGUUGUCUUCGUGCUGCUGCAGAUUAUGUACGAGCAUUUCAAGCAUUUUAUGAAAAUCGACUAACAGAUGCAAAAUUAUUUUUACGUGAAACUGUACGAUUAGGGAAUGAAGAAGAAUUGCAUCGUUUAUCAGCUUCAGCUUUUAUUACCAUGGGUCAAAUUCAUUUAAAUGAACAAAAUACAGCUGAAGGUCAUAAAAUGAUUAGUGCAGCUAUUCACAUAGCUAAUCGUUUACCUGAUAUAGGAAUUCAAUUAUGGGCAACUGCUUUACUUAAAGGUGUUGCUAAUCUACGUGGUGAUACACAAGAAGAAACUCGUUGGUUUACUGAACAUGAUCGUUUUUCAAAAAUUGUAAUACAUGAACAUAUGCGUGCUAUUUCCGCCCCAGAACAUUCACUUAUUGAGUGGUUAGAUGGACCAUUGCCAGAACUUCAACCACCGCAUACAGUUGCAUCGACUUCAGAUACUAAUUUAAUAUAA